AUGUCAGAGGGGGUGGGCACGUUCCGCAUGGUCCCUGAAGAGGAGCAGGAGCUCCGGGCCCAACUGGAGCAGCUCACAACCAAGGACCAUGGGCCUGUCUUUGGCCCAUGUAGCCAGCUGCCCCGUCACACCUUGCAGAAGGCCAAGGACGAGCUGAACGAGAAGGAGGAGACUCGGGAGGAGGCAGUGCGAGAGCUGCAGGAGCUGGUGCAGGCGCAGGCGGCCUCUGGCGAGGAGCUGGCCCUGGCCGUGGCCGACAGGGUGCGGAGCCGCGACAGCGCCUUCCUCCUGCGCUUCAUCCGCGCGCGCAAGUUCAACGUGGGCCGCGCCUAUGAGCUGCUCAAAGGUUACGUGAACUUCCGCCUGCAGUAUCCUGAGCUCUUCGAGAGCCUGUCCCUGGAUGCUGUGCGCUGUACCAUUGAGGCUGGCUACCCCGGGGUCCUCUCUCGUCGGGACAAGUAUGGCCGAGUAGUCAUGCUCUUCAACAUUGAGAACUGGCACUGCGAAGAGAUCACCUUCGAUGAGAUCUUGCAGGCAUAUUGUUUCAUCCUGGAGAAGCUACUGGAGAACGAGGAAACCCAGAUCAAUGGGUUCUGUAUCAUUGAGAACUUCAAGGGCUUUACCAUGCAGCAGGCUGCUGGGCUCCGGGCUGCAGACCUCAGGAAGAUGGUGGACAUGCUGCAGGAUUCCUUCCCGGCCCGGUUCAAAGCCAUCCACUUCAUCCACCAGCCGUGGUACUUCACCACCACCUACAACGUGGUCAAGCCCUUCCUGAAGAGCAAGCUGCUCCAGAGGGUCUAUGUGCACGGAGAUGACCUGUCUGGCUUCUUCCAGGAGAUCGACGAGAACAUCCUGCCCGCUGACUUCGGGGGCACCCUGCCCAAGUAUGAUGGCAAGGCUGUGGCCGAGCAGCUCUUCGGCCCCCGGGCCCCACCUGAGCACACAGCCUUGUGA